AUGGAUACAAAGACCGAGGUCGGGCGGGAGAACAUUUAUUUCGAAAUGGAAUCUAAACAGGAAGAUCACGCCGAGAGGUGUGACGAUUUAGUUUUCAGAAAGGACACUCCUCAGGCAAAGCCGAAGGUGGAAACACAGCUGUGUAAAGAUUCUGAUACAGUGAAACAUCACCUAUUAUUCUUAAUCGUAUCUGCCAUUGCUGUUGCUUCGCUCUUAACAGCCCUUGCCACUUUGGUUUUAGCUGUGACAAUCAUUACGGCACGGAGCGAAGUUUCUACAGGUACGGCUACCAUUGCUUCUCCCUGUUGUAAGUAUUUGACAAGUGUUUAAAAACACUUGUAGGUCUUGAUCCAUUCAAAUCUUAAAAGUGAUUGAAAAGGUGCACUAAUUAAACGACAGGAUGAAGAAAAAAAAGAUAAUUCACUUCGGUCCUGAACAUUUCCUGUCCAAAGAGGAAAUUUGAGGAAUUUCCGUUUCGAUAUGAUUUGAGUAUUGCUAUUAUUACCAGAGCUUUCCCUCCACAUAUGAUUAGUAUAGGAUUUCUAAGAAAAAUUGUUAUAGAAGGGGAAAUCCGUCCAUCAUAAUACUUAUCCGUAAUCAUGAACAACAAGGGCAUUCCUAUUGCGUCUACAUUAUUUGAUAUUUAGAUAAGGCUAAGUUGUAACAACUGAGCUUUCCAAUUAAAUAACACAUUCUGUGAUAUGCAGGAUGUUGUCACGGUUGCUUAGGAAAAGAGGGAAAAUAUCGUAUUUAAAUAGCGAAUAAUCUAUCUUUGACAUAUAAAGUGCGUUUUUCAAAAGGGAAUCUUGAUGAUGUGAGCCACUUAACACCAAGUUAGUAUCAUGAAGUAUGAAAGGCCGAAGACACUGUAAGUGACGGAAACGCUCCGAGUCAUUGAAUUGAGAACUUUGACCAUUUUUCAUCUCUUUCCAAUAUCUAAAAUUGUUAGUCGGAGCACAAAAAAUAUGCGUAAUAGUAUCUGACAAAAGAUGAGGUUAUAAAAAAUAUCAAUAGUGAAAGGCAUGACUGUUCAUAUUUUCAAUGGGGCUUUUGGAAUUAAACCCGUGAAUUCAUUUAUUAACAUAAAAAUCAACCUCCUCCCCCGCCCCCCUUAUAAAAUUUGAAAUUGAAAUUUUGAUCAAGAUACAUACCAAGAAAAUUCAAAGUUCCAUGUAGAUAAUUAAAAAUGGUAAUAGGACCGAGUGGAGUCCAAUUUGGUGCGUGAUCAUAAGAUGGAUUGUCAAUCACUCGUAUCGUUACUGACAGAAUUGGACGACUCUAAGUCCUGUUGCCAAUUAAUGAUGACCAUUACAAUUUAGGGAAAAAAACAAAAAUAUUUAUAUGAGAGAGGGCUUUUAAUAAUGAUUAUACAAAUCAUGAUCAUUAAAAUCUUCGACAAAAGCGAAAUGCAACGUUUAAAAACGGCUUUUAUAGCAGAGAUGAAAAAAAAAGAAAAAAAAAGUCUAAAAACCACUUAAGCAAAACGAUUACUUAGCACAACCAGUCGUAUCAAUCAAUUAAAUAAUCAACCAGGCGUUACAGCCAAGGAACGAAAAAUUCACCGAAUUUAAAAAUCGCGCUGUGGUAAGUUUCGAAAAACAGUCGGCAUACAUCUACUACAGCUGUCUCUAGAAACAAAAGAAAGCAAUACACCUUUUUUUAAAGAAUCUCUUGGAAUUAUAUCAAUCGACUAAUCUGAGUCCAAGUCGAUGAUUACGAGCCUCUUCCCUCGUCUUUUGCUUCGCGAGGAAUCUCCAGAAGGCAACCGGUGUGUGUUCGACUCAAACAAUAACGUGAACACUUGACAAGGUGCCUGUUGGAGAAUUUUUAUUGCCAUUGUGACAGACUAUGAUGGUGUGAAGAAAGGAGGCAUAUUGCCUGACCCAUAAAGAUUAGCUGGAUGUUUUCUUUCAUGUUUGUAUCUCCUGGACCUAGACAAGAGGAAGAAAUAAUUGCCGGCGAUCGACCUUUGAACUAUCACUGAUAAAGUCGAUGUUGCGGCAUACCCGCUUGUUAUACAAGACAAUUGCUAUCGUUCGCUCUCCGUAGUUUUGUCACAAUCAUCCAGCGAAGACUCUCUGGCAGUAACUUGGAUAAUUUUAUGAAGUGGUUGGCCCGCUUCUUUUAAUUUCGCAACGACCGUUUUUCUUGUGGAAUGGUUUGUUAUUUUCUUGGCACGCUCCUCUGGUAAACAACUUGCAACUGAUUUCAUUAUUUGGCCAAUUCGAUGCUCAUCCAUUUUAGAUUUGGGCUACCAACACUUUUGGAGGGCCCUGAAAUAAUUGCAAGGUACAAAGGGCCGGAAUUUUCAAUUGGUCGGUGUCGACAUGCAGGCCACUCUUCGAAAAGUCGUAUGAGAUCCCAUUCAUCACCGUCGGUAGACCACAUUUUGCGAGGGAAACUUCGGGUUUUGUUUCUCAAUCCACCUUGCCUGGUUUUGUUUGGUUUUUUUUCAAACUGAACAACUUUGCUACCAUCUGCCAUUUGCAAAAUGGAAAAAUCUUGAACGCAUUGUUAGGGUCGUGUUGGCCUCUGAAACCAAGAGCUCUGCCAUAUUUUUAAAGUUGACGCUUGUAAUGGCAACACCAUUAUGACUUACUAAUUUUCCUUCACUCCAAAAUAAUUCUUCGUCUACGUGAGCGUGCGGCUGAGCUCUGUUAAGCCAUUUUCCUUUGCCUUGGUAUCUCAGACAUUUUGUUUUGGAAGUAAGAGUCUCUUGAGACUUCUUGAACUCUCGCCCGCAGAUAAUGGAUGCCUAAUCAUUUUUUUCGGCGGAGAUACUUGUCGAGUGAUACCUGCAUAAUGCGAAGCGAAUGUAGUUCGUAUUCUGUCUCAUCUUUAAUCCGGACUUCAGCAUAGAAUGUUGGUCAGAAUCUCAUCCAAAAUUCGUGGGGUGAAGCGUUACUAAUAAACCUUUGUCAAAUUCGAAGGAACCUAAAUUGCUUCAAGCCAUAAUCGACUCUUUUCCAGUUGCAGAUCGAAAUUUUAUUUAACUUCUGAAUUUUGACAUUGUUUCUCGUAAAUAUAGUGCUGUUAUUAUAGGCAUACAAUGAACCUUCCUUCUUACGAAUGAUGCACUAACUUGGAAAGAUCGUUAACUUAUAUAGCACGCAGAAAAAAAGGCCUUUUACUUACGAAUUUUUUCAGAAUUGAACAAAUAAUUCUCUAGAUAGAGAUUGUUUGCAAUUAUAGUUAAUAACAUAAAAUAAGCUGGUCCUAUUUCUCCCUGCCUAUCAGUGUAUGAAGUUUUAACACGUGUUUAUUGAUAUUUAUCUUUUAUCUAUUUAUCCAUCUCUUCAUCUUUUCAUUUGAAAUCCUUCAUUAUUUUUUGUUUACAUUUUCUGUUUUUCUUAUUGUCUCCCCUUUUUCUAGAAACGUCAGAACUUCAAAAGGAUGUACAAGAGUUGAAAAGGAACCUCUCUGCAUUCAGAGAUUACUCGGUAGGGGUAAUUCUUAAUCUUUAUCAGUAAUCAGUUAAAAGCAAAAUGCACUGAUGUGAAAUACAUGGGUACAUGUUUGUACAUAAGACUAAGGGCCUCAAAAGGACUUUUAACUCGCUGAUAAUUAGUCAUAUUUUAUAGAAAUAUAGAUUUUAAACAGAGCUUUAAUACUUUCAUAGAGAGCAGGCUGGAGGCACUUUGCACUUCUGCUUUAACUUUUUCAAUGGGGCAAUCUAAAUGUUAUUUCUGAUCAGCCGAGGCUGUUGUGGAGAAGCCUGAUGAACCUUACGAUAGGCCAUCUUGGGUGUCAUUGUUGCAGACAUUAUAAGUAUUCUCGUAAUUUUUUGGACCAACUUUGGAAGCAUAGCGGUUCGAACCCUAUCAUGCAAAGUGCACACCUGUAUAGCCAUCAUCAUCAUUUGAUCAUUAGAAAUAAGAAAUUACAAGAAAGUAUUAUUUUACCAAGAAACUUAAUAAUAAUAAUAAUAAUAAUAAUAACGAAUUUUUAUACAGGAUUGAAACCCAUCAGUGUGUAACACUGUUGUCCUUGGGGUCCUGUCAAAAAUAAUAAAUAAAUAAAUAAAAUAAAAUUUAACAAGAUAUAAUCAUUGAUCUUAAGGUCUAGAAAAGCAUACAAUAAAAUGAAAAAAUUAAGAAUUAAAUAAAAAUACUCUGAAAAAGAUACCUAUAACCACGUUUAGAUAGAAUUUAACUAAAAUAAUCUCGCAAUUUGUUCUUAAAUUUCAGUCUCGAAUCUAACGACCUUAGUUCAGCAGGCAGGUUGUUGAAAGUCUUUGCUCCUUGGUAAUAGAAGCUCUUUUUACCAAAUUCUAAACGAACUUUGGGUAAUUUCACUGAUAUACCGUUAUUCCUAGUGGCCUUAGAAUGAACCAGCCUUUCGAAGUAGUUCUUAAAGGGUGUGCAAACAUUAUUCAGGAGACAGUCGAAAACAAACAGACAGCUUUUACGCUUGAUCAAAUUGUUCACGGAUGGGGGAUUAAAAGAACUAUUGCCGAUAACUUUAAAGCCUCGUCGUUCGAUGUUCUUUAUCAUUUCCUUUCGGUAAUCCGGAAAGCUAAGACCAAGUGUUCCGCAAUAGGUAAAGAUAGGUGCGAUCAUAGUGUUAUAGAUCGAUUCUGCACACUUUUGGUCGAUCAAAGGACGAAUUGAUCGCAAGAGAUUGAUUCUGGUUGCAGCUUUUUAUAGAUUCGGUCAAAAUGUGAUGCGAGGUUUAGUGAUGAGUCAAGGUGAACACCUAAGUACUUAUAGGUAGAGGUAUUAUUGAUGAGUGACCCAUUAGCAGAAAGUUUAAGUUCCUUGUCUUGAAGGUUGAUUCUUUUAGCUGUUCCAAAUAACAUAGACUCCGUCUUGUCCUUUUUAGGUUAAUGAUCAGUUCGUUGUCUUUAAACCACUCGCACAGGUUAUUCAUAUCCUCGCUAAGGCUUCUCUGUAUAGUAUCAAUAUCUUUAGAAGAGGUAUAGAUGACUGAAUCGUCGGCAUAAGUGAUAAUCUUCGAGUGUUGAAGCGGUUUAUGUACAUCGUUGAAAAAGAUAAUGAAUAAGAUAGGACCCAGGAUACUUCCCUGAGGAACACCUGUGAGAAUGGGUUGAGGUUCUGAUAGCACGCCUUUAUAUUGGACAACUUGUGAUCUGCAGAAAAGGUAAUCAGUGAACCAUGCGAGUUCUGUUCCACGAACUCCGUAAGUUGAAAGCUUGCUCAGGAGGCCAGAGUGACUGAUGGUGAUUCCUUGAUCAGGAAUAUUGAUUUACAAUUUUUUAUUGUUAAAGGUUUCAGGGGAUGUAAAAGAACUAAAGAAAAAUGUAAGUUUGCCAUUCAUUCCUCUUCCUGUAAUAAUCUUAAUGAUCAUCUUAAUGUUAAUAAUUACAAUAAUGAUAAUGAUUGUAAAUCAUCAAUAACAAUAAACCAUUCAUGAAAAAAAUGAUAUGAUGUUGAGUAGUUUCUUUUCUUUUCCUCCUUGUGUUAGGUCUCAGCAGUGUUAGAGGAGCUAGCGAUAAAGGCAAGUUUAAAUUCAUCCAUUUCCAGUUCUAUCUAUAUAUUUAGGAAAAAAUUACUAUUAGUGCACUUAGUUUAACACGAGUUGCUUACUUAAUGGCACAUGAAAAAAGAUAUGGAAAACAUGAAACAUGAGGUAAGUUCCAAUACCAAUGUAUCGUUAUCUGAAUCCCUCACUGUUACAGUCCCUAUCAUCAUUAUGUUCAAAAGCAAAACGUGGACUUCUCUACUUAUUUCACCAACUUUAGUAGGCCCACUUAUUCUCUAACACAAUAAUUUGGUCUGUUUUAUUUUUAGGGCAAAAAUACAGAGCUAGAGGAUAUCCAUCUUGCAGUACAGCAUGCUGCUCAAGUUUUGAUUGGUCUGAAUACAAGUGUAAAUGAGAGGUUUCUGCAUUUCCAACAAAGAAUCAUGCAACUGGAUCAAAAGGUACAUAUACCUGAAUGUAUUUUUGUGUGCCAUUUCAUACCGAAUUUUGAAUCAACCAAUCAGAGACCUGAUUUGAGAUAUCUCGCAAUGCUAAGUCACUGCCCUAAGCUGCACAAUAUCAUGGUCUCUUUCAAUUGAAUUUAAGCUACUUAAUGGUCAUCACAAAGUGCAUGGUACAGAUAUGCCUCUAAACCUAUUGCAAAAACAGAGACUGUUUUUCAUCGUGAGUUAAAGGGGAUUUUCAAAGAUUGUCAAAUGCAUGACCCCUCACAGUUUGCAAGAGUCAGUGUUGAACAUUCAAAUUCAAGCAAUGCUACCCCAGCAAAUUCUAAAUUUGUUUUCAAAAUGACCUGUUUACUUUUAUUUUAUGUCUGUGGAAUGGCAGGGGAUACUUUUUUUAAUCUAAUUUUAAGCUUUUAAGCUACAACUUAGCUUAUUGUUCAAAAAGUUCUUCAAAUCGACUGUAUGUACUGGCUUAAAGAGCCUUUUUGAGAGGCGGAAGAGCACAAAAACGUGUGAUUGAGUCAAAAAUAAGAACGAUCUAGUGUGAUUAACUUCCAAGAGUUAAGGUAUAGAUAUAUCAGUGAUAAGGGAUGGUGUGGUGUAAGCCUAUAGACAGAUCGAUUGAUCUUUGGUGACCAUUCCUUUAUCAGUCCAAACUAUAAAGAGCAAAUAAGUAUGAUAAAGGUCUCUAAUGUAAAUAAAAAAAAAAUGAAAACAAACUGUGCAUUUCUCACAACCAACUUAAGUCAAUGUUGUUUUCCUUCUAUACAACUUUUCAUAUAAGAGCCUCCCAUUUUGGCAGUGCCACAGCCACUUUCACUGUCACUGUUACUGUCACUUUCAUUGUCACUGUCACUGUCAUUGUCUCUGUCACUGUCAUUAUCACUUUUACUGUUACAUACACUGUCACUGCCACUGCUACUGUCACUGUCACUGUCAUUGUCACAUUAACUGUCACUGCCACUAUCACUCCAACUGUCACUGUUACUAUCACUGUCACCGUCAGUGUUACUGUUACUGCCACUACCACUGCCACUGUCACUGUCACUUUCACUGUCACAGUAACUGCCACUGUCACUUUCCCUUCACUUUUACUAUAAUUGUUACUGUCGCCGUCAUUAUCACUGUUACUGUCACUGUCACUUUCCCUUUCACUUUUACUAUCACUGUCACCUCACUCACUUUUACUAUCAUUGUCACGGUCAACGUCACUGUCACUUUCACUUUGUCACUUUCACUGUCACUGUCACCGUCAUUCUUAUUGUAACUGUGCUAAUUGUCAUUAUCACUACAAUUGUAAUCAUUUUCAUGAUUAUCGUCAUUGCAGUGGUUACUGUGAAUAUCAUUGUUAUUUUUUUUAAAUUGUGUAGGUGAAAAAUACUACUGGCAGCACGAGCAUCAGAGGACCACCUGGAGUCAAUGGUACUAAUGGUGACACUGGAUCUGCCGGAACUCCCGGACCUGCCGGACCUCCGGGAUAUAAUGGUACUAAGGGUGAUAUUGGACCUGCCGGACCUGCCGGACCUCCAGGAUAUAAUGGUACUCAGGGCCCUGCAGGACCAUCUGGACUACCUGGUGUACAGGGUCUUCGUGGACCAUCUGGGUUCAAUGGUACCCAGGGUCCACCUGGACCUGGGGCCAGUUCCUGUGUUUUUAAGACUUUAUCUAGCCUUGGCCUACCAGCAUCCUCGUUGAUCAUCCAAAAAAUUACAGCGACGGAACAAAAUGUAUGUUGAGUUAAAGAUUGUCAAAGUUGUUUGAUUCUGAAAAACGAAAAUAAAAUCUCUAUCUUCUAUUGAAAAUUACUUUACGACAUAUUAACACUCAAGACAAUGUGUAUCGGUCGAAGGAGUUGUCCAGAUGUCGUAAAGCCUCCCUUAAAGUCAUAAAGUUGAGUAAUUACUUUCUAGCCAUAGGCCGCAUCGAUUUGGAGAAUCAAAGCUAAUUUCCUCUCAUUUUAAGUCUUAAAUUUCCAUCAUCAUUAAAACAAAAAACAAAAAAAAACGUGUAGGCUGUAUUUGUGAUAUCCGAUUUCGGCAUGGAAAACUCACAAUAAGUAUUGCCCAGAUUGUAGGCGUCAGCUUUCGUCACGUCGUGUGUACACCCAUUGGAGAGGAAAGAAAUGUUUUGCUCAUCUGCUUUUCGAACUCUUGACGUAGUUUAUCAUUAUCAUCAGUAUCAUCAUUAUAUAUUUUUUUUUCCUGCCAGGGUAAAAUCUUUAUUGGCGUAAACUGUGAUACAAACGACGCGAAAGCUGUUAAAUUAUCAAGUACUAUUUCAGGUGGAAAAAGAUCCUACGAUUGCUCUUGCGAAGGUACCCUAACAACUGGAGAACCAAUGAUGUAUUGCUACAUACACUACUGGGAGUGUCAGAUAUAA